AUGGCAGGCGAUACCAUAAUCGCGGUCCCCGCACCCAACGCAACAUUACCAGAUCUUGGAAGUUUCAGCAACAGUAGUAGCUCAGAAACAGAUCCUCUCCUCAUGCCCAGCAACGAAGAAGACUCGGAUCGGGAAUUAUGGAACGAACCGAGGGUAAAUGCUUACCGGUAUCUGUCGACACUUUAUGUGUUUACGACGAUGGGAAUGAAUGAUGCUGCUUAUGGCGUAUGUAUCUCCUCCCUUAUUUUGUUCAAGAAUGAAGCGAGAGUAAGGCCUCAGCUAAUUGAUGCGUUUUUGGGAUAGGCACUUAUUCCUUACGUGAGGAUCCUUUGCAUCUCUUAUCGAUAUAUGGCGAAUGAAGUCUAAUCACAGAAACCCAACCCAGCUGGAAGAAUACUACGACAUAAACUACACAACAAUAUCACUAGUCUUCCUCGCUCCUUUUAUAGGGUAUACGGUAGCAGCCAUCAUCAACACCAGACUUCACAUGAGAUUUGGUCAGAUUGGGGUUGUUACUAUCGCUCCGUAAUUUUUCCCUUCCCCCUUUACUCCCUUCUCCUCUUUUCACGAGAAACAAACAAUGGGUUCUGACAAGGGGCAGUGUGGCGAAACUUAUCGUCUUUGGGGUUACCAGUGUGAAACCCCCUUUUGCGGUCCUGCCUUUGGUUUUCAUACUGAGUGGCUUUGCGAAUGGGAUUGAGGAUGGUUGCUUUAAUGCUUGGGUGGGGAAUAUGAAGCAUGCUAAUGAGUUAGUUGGGUCCCUUCUCUUUGAUUUUCUUUUUCUUCUUCGUCAUUUGAAGGGCUCUCGAUGUGUGGAAGUGUUCAAGGCCGCUGCCGAAGAGUCGUUAAUUUGGGCUCGGUUGACAACCGAGUUUCUUCCGAACUGUCACUUUGAAGAGUCCACUUUUCUUGCACAGUAUGAAGUGUGUUUCAAUUACGCCUUGGUCUAGAUCACUUGGUUUACAAGAACUGAUUUUGUACCAAUCUAGACUUUUGGGAUUUCUUCAUGGAGCAUAUGGACUCGGAGCUACGAUUAGUCCUCUUCUGGCAACCGCAAUGGUCACAAAAUGGGCACAACCAUGGUGGGCAUUCUACUACAUAAUGUAAGUCUCCUCAACUCCCAACCACACAUCCAGAAAACCAACAAUCCCCCAGGACAGCCCUCUCCCUCAUCGAACUCAUAAUCUGCAUCCUCUCCUUCCGCAAAGCAACCGGAGCCGUCUACCGCGCCUCCCACACCCCCAGCGACCCCUCCAAUACCAAAGAACCCAGGGGCGCAACCAAAGAAGCAGUCCUCAACCCAAUAACCUGGAUCUGCUCCUUCUUCCUCCUCUGCUACGUCGGUGUCGAGGUCUCCCUCGGCGGCUGGCUCGUAACCUUCAUGCUCAAAGUCCGCCACGGCUCGCCCUUUUCCUCCGGCAUCGUCGUCACGGGCUUCUGGCUAGGCCUCACCCUCGGCCGCGUCACACUCGGCUUCAUCACCGGACGCGUGGGCGAAAAACUCGCCAUCACAACCUACCUCCUUCUCUCCAUCGCCUGCGAGCUCUGCUUCUGGCUCAUCCCUUCCUUCCUCUCUUCCGCCAUCUUCGCCGGAUUUCUGGGGUUCUUCCUAGGACCGCUGUUUCCGGCUGUCAUUGUGGUUGCGACGAAGAUCCUACCCAGACGGUUGCAUAUUAGUACGAUUGGGUUUGCGUCGGCGUUUGGGGGUGGAGGUGCGGCGAUCUUCCCGUUUGCUGUGGGGGCGUUGGCGCAGGCGAGGGGGGUGUGGGUUUUGCAGCCGUUUGCGUUGGGGUUGUUGGUGGUGAUUUUGGGGCUUUGGUGUGCGUUGCCUGGGGGGUUUAGGAGGGAUGGUCUUGAGAAGGCGAGGUUGAGGAAGGGGGAGGAGGGGGAGGGGAGUGUUAUUUCUGCUUAG